UUCCUUCCUUCCAACAUGAACAACAAGUGGUAGGUACCAGUUGUGACUUUGUGAGAGUGUAUAGUAUAACAAACCAGUCAUUUAUAUAUAUAUUUUUUUAUAUACAUUUUUUUGUGCCCCUUUACCUGACUUUAUCAUAGGUGUAUUUUGUGUCUGUGUUGAAUAAAUUCAAAGUGGGGAAAAGGUGCAUGUUAUGGAGGGUAAUCCUUCUGGCAAAUGCCUAUGGCCAUAGUAUAUUCCAAUAUUUCAGUGCAAUAACCACGACGCUGUUCAAGUUGAAUUUUUCAAAAAUAUUAAAUAAAUAUAUCAUAAAUUUAUAAAAUAUAUUUUCAUUUUUAUAAAUAUAAUUGUUUAACUAAAAAACAAAAAAAAUUCAACAAGUGUUUUUUCUAAUAACUCCAAAAUAUAGUGAUGAUUUUUACUUUUUUUAAAUUUCAUUUGUUAUUUAAUUAGCAAUUAAUUAAAUUAAUAAUUUUUUAAAUUUAUUAUGGAAAUAAAUAUAACUGGUUUUAAGGAUUGAAAAAAAAACGGAGGUUUUUUUUUCUUUUUUAUAAAAGUGGGUCAAUCGUUUCAAGAGCAAAGACCCGCUGAGUUCAGUGAGACACAUACAAUCUGUUCACAUGUACACGCAAUUAUUGUGAUAAUAUAUUAAAAACAAAAAAAAAUAAAUAAUAAGUUAAGUUUUUUAAAAUUUUCAUAAUGCAGAUUUAUGAUGGGUUUAUGUGUGAUGAUGGUGCAAGUGUAUUUAUUAAAAUUAAAAAUUGACAUUGGACCAAGAAGAAUCAAGUCCAUCAAGAGUCAAUGAAGAUGGCGGCAGUUGGAUAGAUAUUGAAAUAAAAAAAAAUAUAUAUAUAAAAUUUUAAAAUAUAUAAUUUGUUAUAAUAUUUACACAACAAUAACAUUAUUGUGAUGAUAAUUAAUAUUUUUAAGUUUGUUAAAAAUAAAAAUAUGAAGGGGAAUAAAUUUUUACAAUUUUAUGUUGUCACUUUGUUGCUACAUAUAACAAGUUCAACUACAAUUCAAAAUGAACCAACAUCAUCAAAAUCAUCAAAUGAUGAUGUACAACUCAGUGCAAGUUCAUUUACACCAGAAAAAACUAAAGAUUAUAAUAAUAAAAAUAUAAAUGAUGUUAUGAAUAAUUUUGCAACAUCAAAAAUACCAUUUUUAUUAGAAAGUUCAAAAAAUUUUGAUAUUAAUUAUGAUAGUCAAUCAGAUAUUUCACUUGAUGAACAAGCAACAGCAUCAAAAAAUGUUAAAGAUAUUGAUGAAAAUAAUAUUGAAAGUAAACCUGGUGAUUAUUUUGAAUUUUCAACAACAACAACAACUGAAUUGUCGGGGGAAGGGCAGGGGGCUCUGCAAGUACACUUGAACUUGUCGGAGCCCCAACAGCCGGUUGGAUUACUCCAACAAAAACGGCAUGGACGUCAAGAAAUACCGAGGAUUUAUAAUAAUCGUGAAAUUGAAUCAAGUAUGCAAACAGUACCAUCAAAUAGACAAGCUAAUCCUGAUAUACAAGAUAUUAUAACUGGAAUUGUUAAAUUACUUAAUGGUAAUGUUAAUGUUGCUGUUAAUACUGUUCGUCCAUUAAAGCCAAUUCAAGCAACCAGAAUAAAUAAUAGAGGACCACCAAGACUAUCUGAUCUUCCACAAUUACCACAAGAUUUUAAUACACCUGGUAUGAAUCCACCACCUCCACCACUAGCACCAGAACAUCCAUAUCCAUUUGAAAAACCACCACCAGAAAGACCAUUAAUUAAUCAACUUCCACCAGCACCAGAAAGACCAUCAAUGCGACCAUAUGUAAAUGGAAUACCAAUUCAAGAAACAACUGUUUCAACAAAUACUAAUCGUCCAUGGACAAGACCAUAUCAUACAACUAAUAGACGUCCACGUCCACCAUUUAAACCACUACCAAAUCACAAUACAAAUAUAACAAUUGAAAAAAAUGAAUUUACAACAUCACUAUCAACUGAUUUAUCAACAAAUAGUGAUUUAUCAACAGAAAUUUUAAAUGAAACAAUUAUGGAAGUUACAAAAAAACCACCAAAAUAUCAAUCACCAUUAAAACAAGAUAAAAUAAAUAAAGAUAAUACAUUGAUACUUGGUGGUGGUGAAAUUCAACCAAUUCCAAUUCCAAUUGGAACAAUAAAACCACAUGAAAAUAUAAAUGAUAUUAAUCAUAAAAUUCAAGAAUCAAAAUUAAAUACAAAAGAAUUAUCAUCAACAGCAACAACAACAACAACAUCAACAACAACUUCAAAAAUUGAAACAACAUCAUCAAUUUUAAAUAUACAAUCAACAAGAAGUACUAUUGAAAUUCAACCAUCAAUUGUAUAUCUUGAAAGUACAACAGAUAAUAAUAAAAAUUCAUUAAUAAGUUCAUCAAUAACUCCAUUGACAAUAAUUGAAACAACAAAAUUAUUAGAACCAAGUAAAAUAAUUGAAGAAACAAAUGAUAAAAUAAAUAUAUUUUCAUCAAUACCAACUGAAGAAUUACCAAUAAAAUAUCAAACAUCAUCAUCAACAACAACAUCAACAACAACAGCAGCAGCAACAACAACAACGAUAUUAAAUAAAGUUGAAAGACCAAUUCAACGUCCAACAUCUAUGACAACAUAUCAAAAGCCAACAUUACAAAAUUCAUAUUCUCAAUAUCGUCCUCGUCCAGGAAUUGUUCUAGAUGAUACAUUAGAUUAUACAAAAUCACAAAGUCAUGCAACACAAAGACCUUUUAAUCCACCUCGACAUCCACAAAUUGGUGAUAUAUUUGAUGUAACAGUUUCAGCAAUUCAAGGACCAGGAGGUGGAGGAGGUAAUCAAAAAGAUAGUGUUAGAGUAUCUGUUAAUCAAGGCACUGCUGAUGUUAUAGUAACAUCAGCUGUUGAAGGACAAAAAUAUGUUAGUAUUGAUGGUAAAAGAACAUAUCUAAAUUUAUUUGAUGGCAAUAAUAACAAUGAUGAAACAUCAUUACCAACACAAAUACAAAUACAACCAAGUCAUACACAAGAACCAGCUAUUAUUGGAACUGGUCAUGUUGUACCACAGCUAGAUGUACAAUCAUCAUCAUCAUCAUCAUCACAAAGACCAAAUUUACCAGCAAAACGACCAACAUUUCAUCGUCGUCCAACACAACCACCAGUUAGAAUUGAUACAUGUAUUGUUGGUGAUACAAGUACUUGUGAUAUAAGUCAACAUGAAGCAUGUGCAACUGUACAAGGUGUAUCAGCAUGUCAUUGUAAACCAGGUUUUGCACGUAUAAUACAUACAUUACCAUGUAAAAGAGUUGUUAGUAUUGUUGUAUCAAUAAGAAUUGAUCGUAUAUAUGAUCGUGAUGUUGUAUGGAAUAAUGAACUUGAUGAUAAAGAUUCUGAAUCAUAUCAAGUUAUUGCAUUUGAAUCAAAUAAAGCAAUUGAAUCAGCAAUGUCAAUGACACCAUUUUCUGAUGAAUAUAUGGGAUCAUUUAUAAAUAGUAUUUAUCAUGGUGAUGUUAGCCAAGGACAAGGUGGUGUAUUUGUUAAUGCAACACUUAAAUUAACAUAUGAAUCAAGAACAGCAAGACCAUCACUUGCUGGUGAAUUACAAAAACAAUUACUUGGUGUUAUACAUAGACGUUAUAAUAAUUUUGGUGAAAGUGCUGUUUAUGUUAAUUCACCAGCUGGUUCAAUAUCAAAUCUUCAAGAUUUAGAUGAAUGUGCAUCAUCAGAAUUAAAUGAUUGUCAUUCAUCAGCAAUUUGUACAAAUACAUGGGGUGGUUUUAAUUGUGUAUGUAAAUCAGGAUUAAAAGAUCCACAUAAAGAUGAUAAUGAUAAAUCAGGAAGAAAUUGUUUAUCAUGUCCAUCAUCAUAUUGUAGUAAUCGUGGUAUUUGUUCUUAUCAAGGAAAUGAAAUGCAAUGCACAUGUACUGGAAAUUAUUAUGGUGAAAAAUGUGGUGUAGAUGGUGAAGUAUUGGCUGUAUCAAUUGGUGCUUGUGUAUCAGCAUUAAUAAUCAUAGCACUAACUGUAAUUUGUUUAGUUAUGUGGAGCCGAAGAUGGUCACGUGAACAAAAAGCACUUGGUUCACCAGUAUAUGGUUAUAUGCAAGGUGGUAUACCAGGUACAUUACCAAAUACACUUGCACGUGUUGGAUCAAUGGGUACACUUGCAUCAAUAAAACAAGGUCCACCAGGUAAUUUGCCACCUUACAUGUGGGGACAUAUUGCUGAUCAUAUGGCAACAGCAAAUUUAUAUGCUGCUGAACCAAUGGGACCAACACGACCAAGUUCAGCUGUAUUUGGUUAUCCAACAAUGAGUAUGCAUGGUACAUUACCACCAGUACCAUUACCAAGACUUCAAGCACCACCAAGACCAAGACAAAGACAUCAACCUGAACCAGAUAGUUCAGAUUCAGAACCCAUGGAUAAAGAUAGAGCUGAUCUUAUUCCACAAAAUAAUGGAUUUCAUGUGCCUAGACCAAAGUCAAGAUCAUCCUUGGCAAAUCAAAGUGAAAUUUAUUAUGAUGUUCAAUAUGAUCAGGGUGAUGCUCAUCAUCUCUCCAAAAAUAAUAUACCAAUGUCAACUUACAGCAUGGCAAGACCGUAUUACAGAACGUAAUUUAUCAAAAAUAAAAUAAUAAAUUACAAUAAUAUAAAAUAAAAAUAAUAAAA